CGGACGUCGACUGUCAGACGCUCCAAGUAUUUAGCCGGGAAAUCGGGGAAAAUCAAAAAAACUCAGGGAAAAUUGGCAACGCGUGUUUACAUUUUUAAUUUCCUUGCGUACUAAGACCUAAAUAAAUAUGUAAAAGUCAUUUAUAGGAAAAGAAAAUAUACAUUGCUUUAUACUGAAUUUAUAUAUAUUAUAGUCAGCGGAUAUACAUAUGUUUUAUAUUUAAAUCUCGUGUGGAUCGUUUCAAUUGCGUUGAGCGUUGAGUUAUAAAUAAGCCUGCUACUUGAAUUAUUUUCCAUAAAACCAUCAAAUAAAACAAAUCCCAAACAGAAACGAAGAAAGGUAGCAAACCGAUUUUCUUCUCGUCAACAAUGCGGCAAUACUUACUUUUGUUUGGCGCGCUGCUCUCGCUGCUGGCCUCAGCUUACGCCAUCAAGUGUUACGCCUGCGAAUCCGUCUACGAGGCGAGUUGUGGCGAGGAUUUCGAAGUGGAGAACCAUUUCAAAUACGACUGUGCCUUCAUUGCCCCGCCGCGCUUUUUGGAGAGCGAUCUGCUCAAUUUGAAUGCCACGGCCUGUCUGAAACGGGUGUUCAAGGAAAAUGGCGUACGUAAGAUCGUUAGAGGCUGCUAUUUUGGCGAUGUAAAUGCAACCGAUGUGGGGUGCAAGAUGGACCCCACUCUGGCGGCAGUGCACAAUGCGAGUUGUCAUGUGUGCGAUGAUGAGAACUACUGCAAUGGAGCGGAAAGUCCACUGGAUAAAUGGAAAAUCGUUGCCAGUCUGGUCUUGUUUCUUUUGGCACCUCAACUGCUUUGAAAUGACGCGAAACGUAUCGAAAAUUUGGGGUAAUUUGGGCUAGAAAUGCACAAUAAAAGGCACAAUAACUUAAGUAAACCUAGUUCAAUUUAGAUGUUUUCCCAAGGCCCAGAACUAUCAUUUACCAAAGCCCACAUUCUUAGCACCCACAUCUUAGCCCACAUCUGCCCCACUGUAUUAAUGGUCAAUCAACGGCAAACAGGGCGUAUGAGCAACAUCAGCAGAUAUUAGCCGAAAAGCUGGCAAACAAAUUUCGAACGAUCCAAAUACAAACUAAUAAAAAAAUCUUUUACACAGAA